AUGGCCGACGAGGCCACCUCUGGCAAGACGAAGUUCACGCAGGACCCAGCCAAGAUCGCCCAGCUCGUACACGACCUGAAGAAUGCGCAGAAGAAUCCAGGCAAGAAGAAGGGCUUCGCCUGCCGAAAGUCGACCUACAAGGUCUCCGGUACCGACGAUAGGACCGUCGAUUCGUGGAAGUUUCAGGAAUGGGAUUACAAGCGCCAGGACCUGCCUACCUACGCCCGCGGGCUUUUCACCGCUGAGCGCAAAGACAAGACCCCCGAAAUCGUGGCACGCGGAUACGACAAGUUCUUUAACAUCGACGAAACCACGGACACGCACUGGAGGAAUAUUGAGCACAACACCCGGGGCCCAUACGAACUCAGCGUGAAGGAAAAUGGCUGCAUCAUCUUCAUUUCAGGCCUGGAGGGAGACAAACUGCUGGUGUGCAGUAAGCAUUCGACGGGAGUUCGUACCGACGCCCAGAUGCCCGUGGGAGUUCCUGUGCUCCCCAAUAGCCAUGCGAUGGUCGGCGAGCGUUGGGUCGAAAAGCAUGUCGCAACCGUGGGACGGACUGCGCAAGAACUCGCUAGGACUCUACGUGAAAUGAACGCCACGGCGGUUGGUGAACUUUGCGAUGACUCGUUCGAGGAACACGUGCUGGCCUACGAUGCUGAUGCAUCAGGUAUCUACCUGCACGGUCUGAACUACAACCUGCCCGAGUUCGCUACUCAGUCUGCUGCGCAGGUCCACAAGUUCGCUGAUGCAUGGGGCUUUAAGAAAGCCAAGUUCGUGGUGCACGAUGACAUUGUUUCAGUCAGAAGAUUCCUCGAAGGGUGCGCCGAGACCGGAACCUGGGAUGGUCGUGAGACCGAAGGAUUUGUGAUUCGAUGCCAAAUGGCCCGAGACCAGGUUCACUACCGUGAUUGGUUCUUCAAAUACAAGUUUGAAGAGCCAUAUCUGAUGUAUCGCCAGUGGCGCGAAUGCACCAAGGCUGUGAUCCAGGGCAAGUUCCCCAAGAUUCGUAAGCACGAAAUGAUCACGGAGGAGUAUCUCAAUUUUGCACGACGGGUCAUCAACGAGGACGUCGAAGUCGGCCGGGCGUAUCUCAAGAACCACGGUAUCAUUGCCUUGCGAGAGAAGUUUUUGAAAGAGCGUGGCCUGAAGGGAUCCGAGAUCAUUGCCAUGGAGCAGGAGAACGGUAGAAUCAUCACCAACAAUGUCGUUCUGGUGCCUAUUGCUACAAUUGGGUGCGGUAAAACUACCAUGGCUCUAGCUCUCCAGUAUCUGUUCGGAUGGGGUGUUGUGCAAAACGAUGGACUUCGCAAGGCGAAGAACAACCAAUCGAAGCCGAAGCGAUUUGCCUUUGACGUCACUCAGGCCAUGUCCAAAUACCCCCUAGUCAUCGCAGAUCGCAACAACCAUCAGCGACGCGAACGUCAACAGUUGAUGGAGGAUGUUUCCGCCGUAGUUCCCCAUGCUACGUUUGUUGCAAUGCAGUAUGUCCACGAGCCCGAACGGCUUGAUGCAAUCAGGGCCGUUACCCGCUUCCGUGUGCACGAGCGCGGUGACAACCACCAAACCAUCAAAGCAGCUACCAGGGGCGAUAAUGAGACUUGGGGAAUCAUGGAUGGAUUCAUCCACCGCUUCGAAGGUGUGAAUCUUGGGCGGAAACCCGAUGACAACUUCCAUCACCUCAUCAGCCUGAAUGCCUGCAAUCCCUCUCGCCACAACCUCGAGUAUGUGAUCCAGGAGCUGCAUGAAGCCUACCCACGCUUGGUUCCCGAGAUCCCACCCCCGGAGGCUCUCGACGCAGCCAUCGACUACGCCAUCCGUGACUAUCACGUCACGGUCGACAACAGUGCCGAUUAUGCGAGAAAGGGUCCUAAGGGCCCCCAGGCCAACAAUGGGGGACCCGUACCCCAGCCCCAUAAUGAUGGCCCUGCACCCCAGUCCAUGGACUCCGAGCCAAUCCAGCUGGCGAGGAAGAUUGAUUACUUCGGCAUUACCAUCCCUACUGAGGAUGUAGACCGCCUUCUGAAAGAGAUAUUCGCCAACGCAACGUCCGACCAGGCACAAAUGUACAGAAAGCUCAUCGAAGCCCGCCGCGUGCAGCAGAGUUUCCACGUAACGCUCAUCCAUCGCGCCGAUAACAAAAAGAAGAAGGAGCUAUGGGAUAGUUACGUGCAGCAGUACAUCAAAACCUUGACCGCGAAUCCUCAGCACGACCCCAUGCACAACCCGCCCAUCCUCGGCAAGACGCACGUUCGCCUGGAGCGCUUGGUAUGGGACAGCCGUGUCAUGGCUUUUGUCGUGCGUAUUUCGCCCGGGGAAGAGGACAUGGAUGUAACCUGCGCCAACGCUAUCCCACACGUUACUGUCGGAACGGCUAAUCCGAGUGUGAAGCCAGUGGAGAGCAACGAUCUGUUGCAGCGAUGGGUCAUGCGUGGAUCUGGUGGUGACAGUGGCAUUUUUGAAGUUCCCGUUCCAGGGGAGAAGAUUUUGAACGGGACUAUUGGUGUCAGCAUGCAGCGCUUCCAGAGCUAG